AUGCCUGCAGAUGGAACCUGUUCACCAAGGCAGCAAUGCACCCAGAAGGGGGCGAGGGAAGCGCAGCGCAUCGGGAACCAUGGGAAACGGACGCGGCGGCGGAUUCCCUCCAGGGCCGCUUUCCGGAGAGACCAGAGAGGGAAACAUCCGAUUCAGGAGGAAGAGGCGACCCGGCGGCUGUCCUCUGACGAGAGGGGGCGCCAUCGGAGCAGAAGGCUCCGACGCGCGGCGUUGGGAGACGAGCGCCCCUUCCUCGGACGGUUGGGCUUGGACAGCCAGCCGGAGGCAACUCCAGGCAGCGAAGAGGAGGCCUUGCAAAGUUUGACGGGCAGCCUGCGUCCGCCGUCGGGCUUCCCCCGUCGGAAGGACCCCGAGCGAGUUCUAGAAGGGGCUGCUUAA